AUGUUAAAUUUUUUAAAUAUAUUUAUUCUAUUAUUAGGAUUUUCUUCACUUAUUUAUGGAAAUUAUUCAUGUGGUCAGACACCUAUUCAACCAAAUCUUACUAAAAAAGAUAUUUCAUAUGAUAUUGUAGGUGGAAAUGAAGCUAAACCAUAUUCAUGGCCAUGGCAAAUUGUUUGGUGUAUUGCAGGAUGGUUUCAAUGGUGUACAUUUGAUUGUGGUGGUUCUAUUAUUGCUCCUGGAUGGGUUAUUACUGCUGGACAUUGUGUAUAUGGUGAUGUAGAUCAUGCUUCAAUAUUUAGAAUUAAAGCAGGUGUCUAUGAUGAAUCUAAAAAAAAUGAAACAGGUGAAACGAUACAUAGGAUUAAAAAAAUUCAUUUACAUCCACAGUAUAAUCCAGAUCCUGAUCCUUCAUGGGAUAUUGCUUUAAUAGAAUUGAUCGAUGAAAUUACUUUUAGUGAUCAUAUUCAACCAGUUUGUUUACCUACAAAAGAUGAAAAUGUUGUUGUUGAACCAAAUUCAGCUUGGGUAACAGGAUGGGGAACAACUUCAGAAGGAGGAAGUAUUGAUAAAAAAUUAAAACAAGUUAAUAUACCAUUUGUUAAUGCAAAAACAUGUGAUAAUGAAUAUCCUCAUGAAUUAAAAAAUGACAUUAUGAUAUGUGCAGGAAGAAAAGGUAAAGAUACAUGUCAAGGAGAUUCAGGUGGUCCAUUAGUUGUACAAUCAAAAUCUGGAAGAUGGUUUCAAUAUGGUAUAACUUCAUUUGGAUCAGGAUGUGCUGAAUAUAGGCAUCCAGGAAUAUAUUCCAGAAUAACUGCAUUUUGUGAUUUUAUAAAUACAACAACAAACGGAAAUGUAACUUGUAUUGAUUCUAAUAUUAAUUAA